ACCGAAGGAAGGCCAGGAAGAUCCAGUGAUUGAGACAAUUGAGUCUGAGCCGAUCCAAGUUCUCGGGUGCGAUUGAUAUGAAUCGACGAUGUCGGAGUGCGAUUGCCGCUAUCGAUGCUCUCGGAGUGCAGCUGAUCGCGUUGUCAUGGCGGCGGUAGCGGCGGCUGUUGACACUCAGGUUUCGGCCUCGGGAGAGUCCCAGGCUCCCGAUGUGGCCGGAAGGGAGUCCGUCAGCCCAACUCCAGCGCCCGCCUUGACACCCGUCGUGUCUCCGACCCCCGCACCAUCCGGUACUCCGUUGCCAGGGACGGCCCCCGCCCCGGGAGAUUCCGAGGAUCCCGCCGCUUCCCCCGGUCGCACUUCGGCCCUGGCAGAGACUGGGAGCAGCUUCGAUAAAAAAUGCAUCUUCUGUAAAAUCGGGAGUAAAGAGCAGCCGGCGGACCUGGUGCAUUGGGAUGAACAGUUUGCUUGUUUUCGGGACAUCCGACCUGGUGCACCCCAUCAUUAUCUUGUAGUGCCAAGGAAACAUGUUGGAAAUUGCAAAUCUCUGAAAAAGGAACACAUACCAAUAGUUGAAGCGCUGGUGACUAUUGGGAAAAAUGUACUCCUUCAAAAUGGCAUAGACGAUCUGUCGGAUGUGAGGCUUGGUUUUCACUGGCCACCAUUUUGCUCAGUAGCUCAUCUACACUUGCAUGUACUAGCUCCAGCUAGUCAGAUGGGAUUUAUGUCAAGAAUGAUGUACAGAGCAAAUUCUUACUGGUUUAUCACAGAUGAACAGUUGCUUGAAAAGCUUAAGACUCUCCCAGGUGAUUCCAGUGGAAGCUAAUCAAUUGAAGACCAGGGUGUAGAUCCAGAAGUUCUUUCUAUUUCAAGACUAUAAUUGUUCGUUAACCUGAUCCAACUUUUGGUUUAAUCAAAUAGCAUUAGGAGGUGAUAAUUCUAUCUGAAAAAUGUCAUUUAAUAUGUUCCUGAAUACUUGAUGUUUUAAUACACUAUGAAUUAUAUGAAUGGCUUCAAAUCCAUUUAACUCAAUCCAAAGUUGAAUGCAUAGAAGUUCAUAAAUAGUUAACUAAAUCUGACAGCAUGCAAUUGGUUGUAACCCAAAAUGGAAAGACUGAAGAACUUUAAUUACAUAUACAAAUGUUCUUACACAACUUAUCUUACAUUUUGUUUAACAUUUAAUUGCACUGGCAUCAAUACAACUUUUGUUGUAAAUGUUUCAAUGUGCAUCAAGUAUUUAAUUUGAAUCUGUAUAUAUAGAAUGGAAGUCUCUCCAGACUUUAAGUUAAUUUUGACAAUUGUAUUCCUGGUUGAACAGUUCAACUUAUAAAAUUGCACAGGCACAGAACAAUCUUUCUCUGCUUGUAAUUUAUAA